CUUCGCUCUCUUCCACUUGCCGACCGUAAUGUGCUCUCGGUCUGGGGCUGAAUAUAUUUAUUUACUCCAGUGGGAGUCGCAGGAAUAUUACAGUUUAUCCAUCGUCUUACAAAAGAAACAUGUUGGCUUCAGUUGCUUGAAGCCUUGGGAGUUACAUUGACAGCUGCUCGGAUCAGCCGCAUAGAUCACGUGUACAUAUCCGCCAGCAGCGCUCUUGGGUCACUGGUCUCAGUAUACCAUUUGGCAGUGACCUUCGAAGACAACUCGCCUACUAGUAAAACACAAUCGGAGCCGCGUUCUGGGACCCCAAAUCCUAGCAUUCCCUCUAGUCCUGGACCGUAGCCACUUGUCACCCCAGUCUGAUAUCUUCGUCGAGCAACUCCGCAGUCCUUUCCUUUCCUCUCUCAAUCGCGUCAAGCAUCGAUUAUGCAUAUGCUGCCCGGUGUAGCAGUACGAACGCGCUCACACCAUCUCAUCUGGCCCUCUCCAGACGAGCUGUUUGGCCGAUCGGGGACAUGCUGACCACCUCCCCGCAUGGCACCUCAAGUCACCUACCCCAAGGCAUCCUGUUGCGGCGCACCCGAGAUGAGAUGAUUAGACCCUCCAUUGACUCGGGGGACUCGGCGUUCGAUUGGAGCGGGGGCUGACGGUGGCGGGAGAGAUCAAGCGAACACUGAGAGCUGAACAGGGGGCUUGAAGGCGCGAACGGUCACUGGUCGGAUCAGGAAGGCAUACAAUGAUAGCGGCCCUCAGCUAUUCUCGCCAUUCGGUAAGACUGCCUAGGGGAUAAAACGUCUCCAGAUGGCAUUGAAACAAGUUGAUGUUCUCUGCCCCCAUGCCUGCGGACCACAGCUCGCCGUCGUUCUCUGCCUUGGGAACUGGUCUCGUGCCACAAUUGCUGGAAUCGGACCUCUUCCGGGCUCCAGCUCAUGGGAUGCGCCCAGAUGAGCGAUUUCGGAAAGCAAUAGCUAAAGCUCAACUCAUCGCCUCUGUUUAUCCCAUUUCUCUGGACGACAUCGAAGACUGCGCGUUCUCUUUCUGGAACUUGCAUUGCGACCCAAUCCUCUGCGAGGAUGGGGCCAUGACGACUCUGCUCACUAUCCAGUACAAUCUCGUGCUUGGAACCAUCCUGGACCGAGUCGGAAAGAGGCAGGACCUGGUCGACAGCGGCCUCUUGGAUGGGUUGUUGAAGUAUAGAAUCUCGGGCCAGUUUUGCCUGACCGAAGUUGAUCACGGACUGGACGCGGCGAACAUCGAGACCACGGCGACCUUCUUGGGCAACGACAGAGGAUACGUCCUGAGUACACCACACCCAGGUGCAGCAAAAUACAUGCCGCCUACUGCUCCGUUUGGAAUCCCCGCCGUGGGCGUCGUGAUGGCUCGACUUGUCCGGGACGAGGUCGACCUGGGUGUGAAGCCGUUCCUUGUCCCCAUCCACGACGGGACGACUCUAAACCCGGGAAUCGUCAUCAGGAUGCUUCCAAACCGGGGAGGAUCUUCGCCCGUUGCCCAUACUAUCACCUCGUUCCACGAUGUCGCACUUCCCCCGACUGCUCUCCUGCAACGCGAUUUCCCCAAGGGAUUCGAUGACGCGCAGGAAAGACGCAUCGACUUUCUCCUCUCCGUCUGGCGAGCAGCGAUCGGCUCCCUCGCCCUAUCCGCCACAAGCGUCCAAAUCCUCUCCCACUCAGCCUGCAUCGUCGCGCAAUACAGCCAGCGCCGUCUCGUCGGCGGCGCUCCCAUUCUGCGCUUCUCGACACAGCACGCGCCCAUCCUCGUUGCGCUCGCCCGGUCCUUCGUUCUGCGCGAGUUCUAUCGGGCAGCGGUCCCGGUGUUUCGGGGUGACACGUUGGAUUUUCGGGUCCGGCAUGGCAUGGCGGCGUGCUUCAAGCUUGUCGCGGUGCGAUUCACUCAGGAAGGGAUGACGGCGCUGUCGGAGAGGUGUGGAGCGCAAGGCUUGUUCGCCUUCAAUCGUAUUUGGGAGAUGCAGUCUGACGCGCGAGGGAUCGCGAUCGCAGAGGGAGACGUGCUGGUGCUCGCUAUUCGGCUCGCUACCGAACUGCUUCUGGAGCGUUAUUCGCUGGACGACCUCUGGCCCACCGUCGACAGCCCACUGUCUCGCCACGCCCAAUCCCUGCUCGCCACCUUCCGCGCGACCCUGCAAUCGCUCGACUCGCACCGCUCCGACUCCUUCAACUCCAAGAUCAUCCCGCACUGCACGCUCAUCGUAGAGGCGCUCGGAUUGCAGAUGGCCUACGACGCCGCCGUGCGAGCGGGCCUGGCCGCGGAGAUGGUGGAGCUGUUCCUGGUGACUUCGAUGCGGCGCGACGAGGGGUGGUACAUCGAGAACAUGCAUAUGCGGCAAAGCGAGCUCGUCCGCAGAGAGGAGACGGCGAUCGCGCGGGCGUUGCCGAAGCUUGAGCAGUGGGUCGAUGCGUCCGGAGCCACGCCGUAUGUCACUGCACCGAUCCAGUCGCAGGAGGAGUGGGACAAGUUCGUAGCGGGAUUGACCGCGUUCAGAGCACCGGAAGAGCAGCACCUAGAAUUGGCGAAGCUGUGAGAUGAUGUUGCACGAUAUUCAUGCAGUGCGCGUGGACUGACUCGUGAGGGGCUUGCCCGGCAACCUCAUCCGAACGAUGGAAGACUAGUCGCUCGUCGGUCUCUAAAUAUAUCGAGACGAGAUUCUCGUCCGACAACUGUCCUAAUGACCCACCUGUCCUAUCGAAUUCAACAGAUGAGACGUUCGAGGGAAUGUUAUGAGGCAUGGUCAUAGACGUUUGGACAAGCAAAAAGGACAUCUGACCGCGCUCGAACACUAAACUUUUGCGUCUGGAUAUACAUGUGUGUGCUAUAUAUACACGCUGGUGGAGCUUGAUUGGAUCGCCGGCCUGGACGCGAUAGUCAUUUUUCUAUCGAUAUCCUCGAUGUCAUCCGUGCGCACCUCUCAUGAAGCUCACUACCCUUCCUAAGACGCUCCUGCACGAAUCGGGGCUCCACUCCCUGUACACCACCGGCCGCGACGCGUGGCUGAUCAUCCUCGCACGCACAUGCCGCAUGAUCGCAAACGGCGCCGCCUCCCUCCUCCUCGCGCUCUUCUUCUCCGCGCUCAGCGUGUCCGAUGCGCACAUCGGGCUCUUCAUGACGCUCACCUACGCAGGCGACGUCCUGCUCAGCCUCUUCUGCGCGCUCGUCGCGGACCGCGUCGGGCGCAGGCGCACGCUCAUGCUGGGCAGCGUCCUGAUGAUCGCAUCGGGCGCGGUGUUUGUGUGGGCGGAGAACUACUGGGUCCUCCUCGCUGCGGCGGUCGUCGGCGUGAUCAGCGCGACGGGCUCGGAUUUCGGGCCGUUUCGCUCCAUCGAGGAGAGCAUGCUCGCGGAGCUGACGACCCCCGAUACGAGAGCGGAGGUGCUCGUGUGGUAUACGACACUCGCGAGUCUCGGGAGCAGCGCGGGGACGGAACUGGCAGGCCGAGUUGUCCAGAUGUUGCACGCCGGGAGGGGGUGGUCACUGGUGCAGGCAUACCAUCUCUGCUUCGGGAUGUACGUCGUGAUGGGCGCUGUGAAUUUGGCUCUCUGUUUCAUUUUGUCGGCGCGGUGCGAAUUGAAGGAGGUCGAUCAAGUGGACGGUUCCAUCGAGGCGCAGGGACUACUUGACGAUGAUGCGACGGAACUCAACAGCCCAGUGACGCCGCCUCCGACUAGCAGAAGCAAGAGAGGACUGAAGUCUGGGCCGAUCUCACGGGAAACGUUGUCCAUCAUGUACGCCCUCUGGUUUCUGCUCAUGGUCGAUUCACUCGCAGAUGGCAUGGUUUCCAUGUCCCUCACAUCGUACUUCAUCGACACCAAAUUCCACAUCCCAAAGUCAACCCUCGGCGACUUCUACAGCGCCGCCUACCUGCUCGGUUCCCUCAUUACCAUCCUCGCUGGACCUCUGAGCCGACGCAUCGGCCUCGUCAACACCAUGGUCUUCACGCACAUCCCAUCCUCCGCCGCGGUUCUGCUCUUCCCGUUCCCCAACUCGGUCUUCCUCACAUUCGCACUCCUGCUCGUGCGGGUGGGGCUGAAUAACAUGGACCAAGCGCCCCGCUCGGCGCUCAUCGCUGGCGUCGUUAGGCCCGAGGAGCGAACGGCUGUCAUGGGCAUCACCAGCACGCUGCGGACGCUGGCGUCGGUGACGGGACCUAGUAUCACCGGGCUGCUCGCAGGAGGGAACAAAUUCUGGAUCGCGUAUGUCGUCGGCGGGGUGUUGAGACUGGCGUAUGACUUCGGCUUGUGGGCUGCGUUUGUGAAUGUGAAGCUGGAUAGACACGUCGCGAAUCAACAGCCAUUGGACGAAGAAGAUUCGGGAUAGGGAAGACACGGUCACAAUACCAUAGAUGCUGAAAAAUGAGCGCCAAUGUUUCUUGAAAAAAUCUUG